AUGGUCCACUUCCUUGGUAAUGCAUUCAAGAACUUUCAUGACCGGGUCCCUCAACUUAACAGCACUUCACAUUCUCUCUACUCCAUCUGCACCUCUCAGAUGCUCUAUCAGGAGCCCGGGUUUUCGGAGAGCGAGAGGGAAAGUGACGGCUGGGAAGGGGCGAGGGUCGCGGGUGCCCACGCCCGGAGGGAGGCGAGCCUGCCCGCGUGGAGAGAGCGCGUGUGUGCGAGCGAGCGAGCGAGCGCGGCCCGAGUUCCCACAAGGCUCGGCUUGGGAAACGGCGGGGCGCUCGCAGGGGCGCGAGGUCAAGUCCGGGCGGGAAGGCACCCGGGAGAGCCCUGGGGCGGGAGGGGUGUGUCGGGGCCUGGAGGCCCGCCAGGCGCUGGAGGCCGGGGAAGCUACAGCGGCGCCCGCCUUCGCUCGGCCUCGGGCCCCGCGCCAGGGCCCGCCUCCCCGCGACGCCUCACUCCCCUUCCGCCCGGCUCCCGGCCCGCGCCCGCCCGGGUUGCCGCGUCUCUCGCCGCCCGCCUCGGGCCCUCCUCCUCCGGGACUCCGCGCUCCCGGGAUCCACCCCCCCUCCCGGUCUCUUCCUCGCCGGCCCCCUUCCUCCUCCCCGGGUCCCGCCGCCUGCCUCUCUGCCCUCCGCCUUUACCUGCUGCGGGAGCCGGGGCGUCGAGGGAGCGCCGCGGGGUCCACAACCCUUUCCCGCCGCCGCCACCACUCCGGCUCUCCGGCGCGGUGCGGGGCUGGCGAGCAGCUGUGUCCGCGGGAGGAGGCGAGGGGGGGGAGACGCGACGGCGAACGAGCGAGCGUGCGGAGCGAGGACACACUGCCGCUCUCCGUCCGACCGGGGAAGAGCAGCCGCGCAGGAGCCCGCCGCGAGAGGGCGGGUGGGCGGCCGCGUGGGGAGGGGUCUCGCGGCCGCCGCAAUGGCUGCCACGUAGCCAGGUGGAUCUCCGCCCCCGCCCCGGGGCCGCAACCUCUGCCGCUCCCCCACCCCGGGCACUCCAGGAUGCGGCGGCCCCAGCCCGGACACCCGAGCCCACCGGGGCUGGCGCCUCGCCGGCUCCGUUAAGAGAACUUAGAUCCUGUGAUGUCAAAGAGGACGUGUAAGAAUCUUUGAAUAUCUGGACAUAGGUGCUACUUCUCAGGGGUGCAGCUCCACCUUUGCAGUCUUCCAGCUGGCUAUAGUAUAAUUGGUUAUAAUUGUGUGAAAGUAGUAUUUAAAAUACUAAAUGAAUAUGAAGAAUGACAAAAUGCUACCAGCCAAUACUUUUAAUAAUGAGGUGACUACUCAAAUUUUAGUUAAGAAACUGGCCCUUAAGGAAAUAGUGAUUUGUAAACAUUUUGGGAAUAUUUGGAAUAUAUUUAAUGUAUAAGUUCUAAAUUUGUUUGUAUAUAUUAUUUGUUUAUAUUUGCAUUUGGAGCCUAAGUAUGAUUUCUUUGCAACAAAAUAAUCUAUGGCACCUUUAUUUUCCUCUGCCUUAUUCUGCUUAAUUCUAGUUUUUACAGGAUUACCACUCUUGGAAGAUAGAUAGGUUGUUUCCUGCUCAGUGUUGUAUGCUUCACUGCCAAAUCCAGAAACUUGUACAAAAUAAGCAGUGUGCUAUGUAAAAGGUGGAAUAAACAUGCCCUGUGACAGGGAAAUCCG